AUGAGCAAAGGAGGGUACCAACAAAUCAACAAGGCACUCAAUGCUUGUGCCUUUGAGGACUAUCUCGAGACACAGCUAAAGAGGCUUCCAAAGCUUGAGGAUGUAGAGCAGCUCAGCCCGCGAGUGCUGCGUGUGCUCGGGCAAAAUGCGGGAAAGUUCACUCUUCAAGGAACGAACACCUACAUUGUCGGCACUGGCGACUACAGGCUCAUUAUCGACACCGGGCAAGGAAUCCCCGAGUGGGCCGAUCUGCUAUCUACCACGCUGAGCGCCUCGUCCAUCUCGCUGUCCCACGUGUUCCUCACCCACUGGCACGGCGACCAUACCGGCGGGGUACCGGACCUCCUUCGGCUCUAUCCUCACCUUUCCACAGGAAUAUACAAGAACUCGCCUGCAAAAACUCAGCAGCCCAUCGAGGAUGGCCAGAUAUUUCGCGUCGAGGGAGCCACCAUCAGGGCGGUGCACAGCCCUGGCCACUCGCACGACCACAUGUGCUUUAUCCUUGAAGAAGAGAACGCCAUGUUUACUGGAGACAACAUAUUGGGUCAUGGCACCAGUGCAGUGGAAGAGCUCGGCAUCUACAUGUCAUCCCUGCACGCGAUGCAGUCGCACAAUUGCGCCACAGGCUAUCCAGCUCAUGGCGACGUCAUUCAUGACCUACCUGCGAAGAUUUCGGCAGAGUUGGCACAGAAGACUCGGCGCGAGAAGCAGGUCCUGCAGACGCUGGAGAAGUUCAAAGCCGAGCACAAGGGCAGGGGACGCGCCAAGGCAAGCAGUAUGACUGUCAAAGACCUUGUUACCUUGAUGCACGGCAAUGAGUUGGAUGAAGAAGUGAGGAAGCUUGCGUUGGAACCAUUCAUUGAAGAAGUGUUGCGGAAGCUGGCGGGAGACGGCAGAGUUGCGUUUGAGCUGAGAGGGGGAGAGAAGAAGUGGUUUCAAGUAUAA